CACCCUUAUUCUGCGUCUCGUAUGAGUCGCAAUUUGUCGUGUUGUUUGUGUCUCGCGAUUCCCAUAGUCGUAUGCGCCGACAAAUGUCAACAUAAAUGAACACGCGUGAACUCUCGCUUUAUUCUGACAGUCGAUAUAAGCCGAGAAAAGUCUGAUUGGGCUGACGUUUUUCUGCGACGCUUGUCAGUACCUUCGAAGGAGACGACAGCAGUUCAAAAUUGUAAAAAUGGAGGUAAAGCGUGUCCGAAUUACGAACCGGAAGCAAUUCGAGCACUUGGUGCACUGGAUGGAGGAAAAUCCAAAAGUGGCCAAGGGGCAAAAAUACUGCGAAGCAACGGGGAUUAACAUCAUUUCUUACGAAGAAAAAUGGUCUAAUCUGGCCGUUGCACUCAACAGCCGGGGACCUCCGACUAGGUCUGUGAAAGAUUGGCAGAGGCUGGCUGCAAUGGAGAAGAUUGGUGCCGAAAGUACCCUGGUUGGCCAAGGGCCGAAAGCGGAGAGUACCCGUGUCAAACUUGCAGUCACGCAAAUGUACCGAGAGAAAAAAAAAUGUUCCACCUGAUCGGUAUCAACUAUUGUCGGCGUAGCACCAACUUAGAAUUCGGAAGUCCGGACUUCCGAACCGAACUUUCUUCCGAAGUUUUAUCUGUCAAACUAAUGGAUGCGUUGUUUAGCGCAUCUUUAGGGGAAUCCAGCGCACUACUUCCGAAGUUGGGAAAGUUGCUUGUAUCUGGAGAAAAAUCCAACUUCGGUAUAAAAAGCGGUAUAAAUUUAUUCC